AUGUUCCUGUCGACGGUGGAGGAGGGGAGAGUGCGACUGGGCGUCGACAGCUACGGCGUCUACAGCUACGGCGUCGUGCUGCUGGAGACGGUGACCUGCCAGCGAAGCAUGGAGCUGGAGGACAGGCGCGCAGAGCACAAACAUCACCUCGGGCUCCUCCCUGCAGGCCGCCGCGGCGCCGCCUGGCCCUCCCCGUCCGGCCGCUUCGCCUUCGGCUUCUACGCCACGGACGGGGGGCUAGCCGUUGGCGUGUGGCUCGCCACCGCGCCCAACGUCACCGUCACGUGGACGGCCGGUCGAAACGACACACCCGCCAUGGGCAGCGCGCUCUGGAUCACCUACGACGGCCGCCUCGUCUGGACCGGCACCAACGACGGCCAGGACAGGAGCCUCGCCGCGCCUUCCGAGCCGGCCGUCGCCGCGGCCACGCGCGACGACGGCAGCUUCGUGCUCUACGGCACCAACGGUACCGUGGUCUGGUCCACCUUCGCAACGCCCACGGACACCCUGCUCCCCGGGCAGGACCUCGCGCCCGGGGCGCAGCUCUUCUCCGCCGUCUCCGACACCAACAGGGCCGCCGGGAAGUACCGCCUCACCAACCAGGCCAACAACGGCAACCUCGUCAUGUACCCAGUGCAGACGGAGAACAUCGCGGCCGCCGCGUACUGGGACACAGGCACGUUCCAGAUCGGAUUCCCCCUGACGCCACGCCUCGACGCCGGCGGCGUGCUCUACCUCACCGGCAACAGCGGCAACUACACCAAGAACCUCACGCGACCGGGAGCCCCGAAAUCAGGCAGUGAGCAGCAGGUCUUGUACUGGGUCACGCUCGAUCCCGAUGGCGUGCUGCGCCUUUACCGCCACACCGUCGCGUCCACCGCCGGCGCGUGGUCGUGGAGCACCGACGUCCGGUGGAUCGGCCCGAGGGACCGGUGCCCGCCGGGGUUCGGCUUCAUCGACGACACCAACGCUGCGCUCGGGUGCGCCGAGACGUCGAGCGCCGGCGACUGCACAGCUGCGGCGGCCACCAUGGCCAUGGCGGCGGUGCGGAACAUGACGUGGGCGGACACGCCGUACGAUGUGGUGGGCGCGGCCUCGAGCGCGGCCGACUGCCAGGCCGCGUGCGUGGGCGACUGCCUCUGCGCCGCCGUGCUACUCAACGGCAACGACAGGACGUGCACCAAGCAGCAGCUCCCGCUCCGGUACGGCCGCGAGGGCGGCGGGUACACGCUCUUCGUCAAGAAGGCCACUGCGGGGACGGCGAGCCCCGUCCCCGCGCUCAGCGACAGGGGCGGACGCCGCGUGGGGCGCGCGGCCACCGUCGCGCUGCUGGCGGACGCGGACGAGGAGGAGGAGGAGGCGCCCCUGCGGUCGUACAGCUACCAGGAGCUGGAGCAGGCGACGUGCAGCUUCCGCGAUCCGCUGGGGCGCGGCGCGUUCGGCACCGUGUUCCGGGGCACGCUGGGCGGGCGAGAGGUGGCCGUAAAGCGGCUGGAGAAGAUGGUGAAGGAGGGGGAGCUCGAGUUCCAGCUGGAGUUCUGCCACGAGGGCGCCAACCGGCUGCUGGUGUACGAGUACAUGAGCAACGGGUCGCUGGCGGAGCGGCUCUUCAACAAGGGCGGCGGCGGAGGCUGGCCGUCGUGGGGGGAGCGCGUGCGCAUCGCCCUGGACGUCGCGCGCGGCCUGCACUACCUCCACGACGAGCUGGAGCGGCGCGUCAUCCACUGCGACGUGAAGCCGCACAACAUCCUGAUGGACGCGUCGGGGACGGCCAAGAUCGCCGACUUCGGCCUCGCCAAGCUGCUGCUGCUGCCGGAGCAGACGCGGACCUUCACGGGGGUGCGCGGCACGCCCGGGUACCUGGCCCCCGAGUGGUACCGCGGCGGCGGGCCUGUCACGGUCAAGGCCGACGUCUACAGCUACGGCGUCGUGCUGCUGGAGACGGUGACCUGCCGGCGAAGCAUGGAGCUGGAGGAGGCCGGCGAGGAGCGCACCCUCAUGGAGCUGGCGCACGAGUGGCUGCUCAAGGGGGAGGUGGCGCCGGUGAUGGCCACCGACGCGCUGGAGGUGGAGAGGGCGCUCAAGGUGGCGCUGUGGUGCGCGCAGGCAAGGCCGACCAUGAGGACCGUCAUCCUCAUGCUGGAAGGCCACGUCGAGGUGCCGUUCCCGCCGCCGCCGGCAACGUCGUCGUGA